ACUGAAGAAAUUUCAUUCAGUGUUUCUUAUAGCAUAUUUCUUACACUAGUCAUUUAUGAACCAAAAGAAUAUGGUAAUUCUAUGUACUUUGACUCUGUGUGUUAUCAAAAUAACUCAAUUACAAAUUUCAAAAAUGGUCAAAUAAAAUUAAGAGUAUUUUAUUCUAUUGUCAAACUUAUGGACUUUGACUUUAUAUCUGCAAAUGUCAAUACUGUUCAAAAUAUACAAGUAAGCACUUCCUUUAUUACUUCAAGUCAUUACUCAGAUAUUGACUUGAUUACCAAAAAUGUUAAAUCUACUACCUUUGAUCCAAACUCUGAAACAGUUCAAAUCCAAAAAAACAAAAAUAAAUUGUCUGAUUUGGCUUUGAGUUGUCUUGAACUGACUAUUGUCAAUAACCCUCAAGAUGAAUAUAUUAUUAAUAAUGAUAUGUCUAAUAAUUUGAACCAAUUGUGUGAACAAAAAUCACUUUAUAAACAAGAUAUUAAAGGGCAAAAAAAGAAGAGAAGUAGAAGAAUUUCAAAAAAAAUUAAAAAAUGA